AUGCACCCUACAGAGGAAGUGUUUGGCAAGUUCCUCUGGGGCGACGACGCCGCAAAGGUCCUCCAUCACUACCUCUUCUACCACAUCAAUGGUCACACCCUGUGCACCUUUGACCUGAUGAGCAUCAUGGAGAAACACACCGAGGCCCACCUAGGGGUGAAACUCAACGUGUCCACCUAUCAACACCUGGCAUCUGCAGUGGGUCGGUACUUUCACCUUGGCAUCAUCGAUCUACAUGAUGACAUGAUGACGGGGAUGGACGCCAUGGCUGGGCACCAAAUGGCCACCUCUGAGCUGAUUUAUGGACUGCAGCCCGAGGAGGUGGGUGGACUCUCACCCUGUGUCAUCGCCCUCUUCCGUGCCAUGGCACACCUGUGGCAUGCCAAGGUGCUUGGACUCAACUUGGAGGGAAGAGUGGCCACAAUGGACCAGAUACUGAGUCGGGACUCCUCCAUCGAAGAGCUGGCUGGCACUGCCCCAGUUCGCUCAUUUGGCCUCAGGGAUCUGGAGGCGAUCGUCGACCAGGUGAAGGUGGCGUUCGACGAGUCCGUGACGACUCGCAUUGUGCCAGAUCUCAUCAAGGCAUUAGAGGACAAGGUUGCUGACAGAGUGUUUGUGGAGAGCAUCCAACCACCCCAACAGCCACGGCAGAUCCAGCAACCCCCACAUCCCCAGCAACCUGUCAGGGCACACCCGCCUGACCCGGUUCCACCCGGGCCCACCUGGGCCCACCUCACCCGCUCACCCGCUCACCCGCUCCCCGCUACCCAUCCUUCCUCCCUCUUCCCUCUUUCCUCUUUCUCCUUUAUUUCACUCUCCCUUUCUGUUUAUUCUCUAUUUACACGGACCACCUUCCCUUGUAUCAUUGUACUGUUGACCCGUCCGGCUCGGACACCCCGGGCGACCUCCCGCUACGCCCAGCAUGCGCGGACGCCCUCGGGAUCCCCCACAGGGAUACCCUGA